AUGGCGCCCACCAACCAACAACCCAAGCCAAUCCCGCUCAUCUACCGGGCCUUCUUCACCGUCCUGGAGCCCAUCUUCGCGCUCAACGGCGCCUACAUCUACGUCGCGGAGCCCACCAAAACGCUCCAAAUCAUCACGCCGCCGCCGCUGCACGCGCAGACGCUGCACCAGACGCCCAUCGAGACGAUGCUGCUGUGGCAGGUGGCGUCGCUGUACGUGCUGUUCGCCUUCGUCGAGCUGGUCGUGCUGCGCUACGUCGGCACGCAGCGCAAGGACGUCUGGCGCCUCGUCUUCGCCGGCAUCAUCGUUUCGUCCGACAUCGGCCACCUGUGGGCACUCAAGGGCAUCGCCGACGCCGCCGGCCAGCCAGAGGUGUUUUAUGACCCCCGCGCCUGGACGCGCUGGCAGGAUUGGGGGAACCAGGGGUUGACGUGGUUUGGGUUUCUGCUGCGGAUUGCGUUUGUUGCGGGGGUGGGGCUUUGA